AUGGACUUGACCGCCUCAGCAGCGCUGAACUACACCAUGCCCAAUAUGUUUUACCAACUCGUCGGCGCUUUCGCCCUCUUCACUGCGCUCCCCUUCGCCCAAGCUGCACCAAAUCAUGACAAGCAAUGCUCGACUUCGCGCACGGAGCACAAACGCAGACUAUUCGUGCUCACAGAUAUAAGCAACGAGCCUGAUGAUCAGAUGAGUCUGGUUAGGUUGCUGACUUAUGCCAAUGAGAUUGAUAUUCAGGGCAUUUCUGUGACGACUUCGACGUGGAUGCCUGAUAAGAUCGACUAUGAGUCCGUCGUGGGUGUUUUGGAUGGUUACAAGAAGGUUGUGAAUAACCUCAACGCCAAUGUUCCAUCUCACGCGCCUUACCCCUCGUACAAGUAUCUUCUUGACAGGGUUCACAAGGGUCAUCCUGUUUACGGACGAAAAUCACUCAAUAUGAGUUUGAGCGACGGUGCGAAGGCGCUUGUCAAAGCUGCUGACAAGGCGAGUGUCGAUGAUCCUCUUACAGUGUCUGUUUGGGGCGGAUCUGCGAUUCUUGCUGAGGCUCUUCAGCACGUUUCUCGCACCAGAAGCGAAGACGCUGUUGACGCUUUCGUCGAAAAGCUUCGAGUUUACGCCAUUUCCGAUCAAGAUGACACCGGUAUCUGGAUCCGUCUUCGCUACCCUCAGCUCUUUUACGUUGUCUCUCUGCACGGUUUCAGCGAGUACACUGUUGCAGCAUGGAACGGUAUUUCGGGUGAGGAGUACCGUAACUUUGACCAUGGUGGCCCAGAUUCCAGCAUUGUCUCUAAUGGCUGGCUGGAGAAGAACAUCCGACUUGGUCCUCUGGGGUCUCACUAUCUCAAUUGGUCUUUCAUCAUGGAGGGAGAUACACCCGCUUUUCUUCCUCUUGUUCAAAAUGGUCUGGGUGAUGUGAACCAUCCUGAGUGGGGAAGCUGGGGCGGUCGGUAUACUCUCCUGGACCACACGAACCAGUCGCGCGUUUAUGCUGAUACGAGUGACUACGUGGUUGGUGCCAACGGAAAGGCAUUCACCAGCAAGUUUGCAACUAUCUGGCGAUGGCGCCAGGAUUAUCAGUUUGACUUUGCUGCCCGCAUGAAGUGGACUGUCAACUCCAAGUACUCUGAGAACAACCAUCAGCCCGUUGCCAUCGUCAACGGCUCUUGUGGCACGGCCCCAUUGAAGCUCAAGUACAAGCCUGGCAGCAGCGUUGUUCUCGAUGCGUCAAACAGCUGGGAUCCUGAUGGUGAUGAGCUCAAGUAUGAUUGGUUCCACUACCGCGAGCCUGGUGGUGCUUACGGACGAGGCUUGGAAGGCUUUAACCCUUCGCUCAAGAUGAAGCCAAUUUUGACGCCCAAGAGCCCGAAUGUCAAUAUCACAAGCAUCAAGGAUGACGGCAGCAUCGUCAAGCUGGAGACUGCUAAGAGUCUGAACGAUACAAUGCACAUUAUUCUUGCCCUUCGCGAUGCGACAGAGAAGCCUCUGGCUACCUACAGGCGGAUUAUUCUGGAAGCUAAAUAG